AAUUCAUUUUUAAUCCUUUAACAAUCUGCAGUAAUAUUGUCCUAAAGAGAGUGAGCUUGAUUAUAAUUUUACUUUCAAUAUGACGGCUGUCAAUGUUGCCCUGAUUCGUGAUACCAAGUGGCUGACUUUAGAAGUCUGUAGAGAAUUUCAGAGAGGAACUUGCUCUCGAGCUGAUGCAGAUUGCAAGUUUGCCCAUCCACCAAGAUUUUGCCAUGUGGAAAAUGGUCGUGUGGUGGCCUGUUUUGAUUCUCUAAAGGGUCGGUGUACUCGAGAGAACUGCAAGUACUUUCACCCUCCUCCACAUUUAAAAACUCAGCUGGAGAUUAAUGGACGUAACAAUCUGAUUCAACAGAAGACUGCCGCAGCCAUGUUCGCCCAGCAAAUGCAGCUUAUGCUCCAAAAUGCUCAAAUGUCAUCACUUACUUCUUUUCCUGUGACUCCAUCUCUUGUAACAAAUCCUGCCAUGGCUUUCAAUCCCUACUUACCUCAUCCUGGGAUGGGCCUGGUUCCUGCCGAACUUGUACCAAAUACACCUGUUCUGAUUCCUGGAAACCCACCUCUUGCAUUGCCAGGAGCUGCUGGUCCAAAGCCGAUGCGUUCAGAUAAACUGGAGGUUUGCCGAGAAUUUCAGCGUGGAAAUUGUACCCGUGGGGAGAAUGAUUGCCGCUAUGCUCACCCUACAGAUGUUUCCAUGAUUGAAGUGAGUGAUAAUACUGUGACGAUCUGCAUGGAUUACAUCAGAGGUCGAUGCUCCCGGGAAAAAUGCAAGUACUUUCAUCCUCCUGCACACUUGCAAGCCAAACUCAAGGCAGCUCAUCACCAGAUGAACCAUUCAGCUGCCACCGCCAUGGCCCUUCAGCCUGGUGCACUGCAACUGAUACCAAAAAGAUCGGCACUCGAAAAGACCAAUGGCGCCACCCCGGUCUUCAAUCCCAGUGUUUUUCACUGCCAACCACCUCUGGCUAACCUGCCACUUGCGCAGCCGACAUUUAUCCCUGCAGGGCCAAUACUGUGCAUGGCACCCGCUUCAAAUUUUGUACCCAUGAUGCACGGUGCUACACCUACCACUGUGUCUGCAGCAACAACACCUGCCACCAGCGUUCCCUUCGCUGCAACAGCUACAGGCAAUCAGUCGAAAUUCUGAACGGCAGAGUUAUGGAGAAUCGGAAUCUCGCUGUAAGAACCUCCAUAUGGCCUGUCUAUAUAUAUUCUCAUAUGUCCUCUUCUACCAACACAACAAUAAGCAUGGUGCCAUCAACAUAUUAAACAAAGCAAAAAUACCAGCCAACAAACAUACCAACCAUCAAAUAAAAAAUAAAGCAUUAAGAAUCAAUGCAAAUGUUGAAAAAAUUAAUAGAAAAGUAACAACUACCAUUCAUCUUAUUUGAAUUAUUAAGUAGAACAUGAUCAUAAGAUUUUGUAACUUGUUACAUUACUCUUUGUGAUUUCCUAAUAACCAUGCUAAGUGAACUUCAUAGUGAACUGUUGGCUUAUUAUAUACGCUUGGUGGAUAAAUGUUCUGUUUUUGAAGUGUUACCUUACUAUUUUGUUUACAAGGUAGUCUAUUGGGUUGAUUUAGAAUGUAACAAAUAUAUCCAGUACUAUUCUUCCCUGUUAUUAUAUUGUAUUGUGUUGUGUUGUGUUAGGUUUUUACAUAUUGUAGUGUUUUACUAUAUAUAUGUGAUGUUUGAUUUCAAUUAAAAUGUUUUCAGUAGGGAACAGAAGAAUAUGUGCUUGAAAACAUGACAGGUUCAUGUUUUCAAUAUGCUGUCUUUCUUUAGAAUAUUUCUGUAGGUCUCUUGGCACAGACAUUUAAAAGGCCUCACUUUUGAAUGUGCACAAAACCUGUUCAUUAACAUGCAUGUGUAUAAUUUGUACCUGCAGAUCUGACAUUGCCUAAUACAAUCAAAUUAAUAGAUUUUUUUGAGACAGAAAUAAUCGUCUGCACAAAGUAGGGAACUUCUUAAAACAUUAACCCCUAAUUCACUCUUGUUAAAUAGCUUGGAAAAUAAGAAUUUACCUUUAAUUGAACUUCUCAGCAUUUAUACUAAAAAUUAUGUAAAGCACUCAUUACAUGUUUUUGUGGCUCAAGGAUCCUGUCUCCUAGAUUGAGUGUCUAAAACUGAGCCAUCUGUCAUCUUCAGCUGAGAAAAUGGUACUUGGGGGUGUAAAGGUAUGCUAAUUACAAGUUAUAAAUCAAAAGAGUGAUGGGGGUGUGGAGAUAGUUUUUAUAUACUGGAGGAAAGUGUGUAAAACCAUGGCUAUGUCACCUUUUACACAAGUGCCAUUUUCCAAAUGCAAAUGGCUCGUGCUAUUUAGACUAGUUUUUGAAUAAUAAGUAUGAUGCAAUCUAGCAAAAGGCAGUCAGGGUGAAAGAGAAUUGGUUCCAAAUGGGGGCUUUCCUCCCUAAAUGGACAAUCUUCUCUGCUGAUCACAGAGGAAGCCUGAGUACAGGUUUGGAGAAAUGGCAGGGACAGGGGGCAGGGAAGCACUUCAAAUUAUUCUUUGAUUUAUUCAAAAGAACUAGAGAAGAUGUCCACAGUUAUCUUUAGCUUUGGUUCAACUGUUUCCGGUUUUAUCAAACACUUCAGUGAAGGAGCAAGCACCUGUGAUGGAUGGCAAGUGUUUCCUUGCCCAAACUUGAACAUCAGAGUCUCUUGCAUUAUAA